AUGAAUUCAAACGAAGAAAUUAAAUUUGAAACAACACUAAUGCAUGAAGGAGAAACUCGUUAUGCUAUAUUGAAAGAAAGUGAGAUGAAAUAUCGUGAAAUAGUAAACAAAUUUACAACUUUAUUCAAAGAAUUCGAUUAUGAUAAAUAUAUAAUUCAAUGGAAAAUUGAAAAUGGAGAUUGGAUAAAAUUUAAAGAUUUGAUUUCCAAUUCAAAAAGAGUAAAAUACUUUAUUGGUAAAAAAGAAUUAUCUCUAAUCGAUUUAAUAAUUACAUUAGGUGGAGAUGGUACAAUACUACAUACUUCAUGGUUAUACCAGCAUAGAAAUAUUCACAAAAUUCCACCUAUUUUACCAUUUCAUUUUGUAAACGAAUUAGUUGUUGACAGAGGUGCAUAUGGCACUAUAAUUGAAUUGCAAUUGUUCGUUGAUGAUUGUGAAAUUACUUCGAUUUUAGCAGAUGGAUUGGUUAUAGCUACUCCUACAGGCUCUACGGCUUACUCGUUAUCAGCGGGUGGUUCAUUGGUUCAUCCUGAUCAAGGUUCAAUAUUAUUAACACCAAUUGCUCCACAUACAUUAACCACAAGACCAAUGAUUAUACCUGGAUCUAAAAAAUUAAAAAUACGUGUGUCUAAUACUAGCAAAGUCGCUGGUUGGGCAUCAUUUGACGGACGUAAUCGUAUAAAUCUUGAAAGAAAUGAAUCAAUUCAAGUCACCUCUUCAAUGUAUCCAUUAUUAACAAUUAGUCGUGAAGAAUCUUCAAAUGAUUGGUUUUACAAUAUAAACAAAAUCCUAAAUUGGAAUGAAAGAUCAAUUAGACAAAAUCCAUCAACUUGA